AUGAGAAAAUGCCGCAACGGCGCAGUUGGAAACCACCAAAACAGGAUCACAGUGUCUACGUGCAGCAGCUUUUCAAAGAUUUCCUCAAACGAAACCAUGGCAAACCGACAAAUGUCGUCCCGAUGGACACCCGUACCAAUUUCGUGCAGACCGAAACAACCGUGCGGCAGCGAAAGCAACCAGGCAUAUUUGAUAGAGCCGUUUACGCUCGUUUCGAACGCGAUGCCAACGGUGCUGGCUUCAAGAGGCAAGACUCAACGACUGGAUUCAAAACAGGGCUUAUGAAAUGGAUCGAUCAACAGCGCAAUCACCGACAACAGCAACAUACGGUUUUACCGAAAACGACGCGCUCGGAUGACUAUCUCAAUUUGCCGGAUAAUUUUUUUUCCGGGGUGGAGCAAAUGAAAAUGCCCAUCGAAGUGGCGGAUAGAACGCUCGGAAAUGUUACGAAUAAUUUCGUGCCUCCAGCAACGUCCACGCCAUUUGAACGGUUAGCAUCAUUCGGCAUUUCGGGAGUGCUUUCCGACCCGGACGAAUUUCAACCGAAUCACCAAGCCACUGCUCCUGUCGGCAGCGUACAAUGUGAGUGGCAAUGCUUUUUGAAAAGUGUCGAUAAAUAUUUGAUCAACGUGACCCAAGACGACCAAGAAACAUCCUUGGUGGAUAAACAGAGAAUAGAAUUGUUCGAUCUACUGCAAGAUAGCAGCAAUAAUGCUCAGCAUACAUCCCAAGGCCACCCAGCAAAACAGCCAACGCUUAGCACACAGAGAGCCAAUGAUAUACCCAAGACACAGGGUAUUGAAAAUGAUCAAUUUGGUCGGCCGAGCUGGAGAGACCAUUCAUUGAUAAGUAAUCAACAUUAUCGUGCCCAUCGAAGCCGCGAUCUAGACAUCACUAUCUCUCCGCUAGCUACCCGUCACCGACCAAUACCGAAUAUACCCGACGGUUCUCGUGAAAAAAAUAUACAAAAAAAUAUCGAGUCAUUUGAUCGAACCAACGUUACCUUUCUUAUAGAACCGUUCGCCGAAUCUCCUUGUUCGCUGCACACUUCACCAGAUGAUGUCCUCUUGUCCGCUUCUCCGCCAUCACCAACAUUACCUUCCAGUCCUCGGGAAGCGCUGUUCGAUGGACAAACGUUUUUACUAGAUCAAACAAGAGCGGAAGAUACGCUGAUGGCAAAACUAGAUGCACUACUCGAAGAGGACAACUUCAGCAAUGACGAUGAUGGGCUGAUAAACUUUGAUUUUAACUUUGCAUCUCAACGGAACCUAACAGCAAUGAACAUUACGUUCCCUAACCAUUCUCGCCUAGCGGCUGAUUUCUUGGACGAAUCAUUUUCGCAUGGGAAGGAUAUAACCGACACAGACAUGUAUUUGUCGCAAGAAGUGACGAACUUGUUUUGAGUACAUGAUUCCUACCGUAAAUUCAAUUUAUUUGUAGUUUAAAUUUUCAAAUUAUUCAACUCUUCGAUGAUGUCCAUAUGCUUGAACUUGUCUGGAUUUUUGGUGAACGUAUCUAGGAGCUGUAGUUUUGUAACAUUAUUCUGACUGUAAUAAAGCUGCAGUUGAUUAGCCAAGCAUUGGGCUUCCUGGGCGUUUAACACAUUCGUAUCAAAUUCUCCCCGCAUCAGUAUAAUUCCUUUGUCCUGGCACUCGGUGAACAUAGUUAAAUUCAAACAUUCUGGUGCAUUUUCUUUGUGAACCUGCAAUAUAAAAUAUCGUAAGAAAAACUGUAUCAAACACGCAAUACAGUAUGCACAUCACCUGAUAA